GUACGCCAUUGCCUGACGCCAAGGGUUGGGGUGUGCUGGGCGAAAGUCUUGUAUUCGCUUUAAACCUAGACACGUACAUAGUCAUUUCUUUUAAAGUUUUUUUUUAAUUUAUUUAAUUUUUUUUGUGCUUUUCUUUUCUCGCAACAUCUUGAGGUUUUCUAGGUACUAAUUAAGCCGAUCUAACUACAUUAAAGAUGAUUGACAAGGUCACCGGAACGGAAGCGCUGCCCUCGGAGUCCCCGUUGAAGGCGCUCCUGGAGCAGGAGGUUCGGUAUCAGCCCAAACUUUGUGGGCUACGCAUCAUCGAGUCCGCACACGAUAACGGCAUGAGGAUGACCGUGAAGCUGCGGGACUUUGCCGUGAAAGAUCUGCUCUCUCUGACCCGCUUCUUCGGUUUCACCGCGGAGACGUUUUCGCUUGCUGUGAAUCUUCUGGAUCGUUUUAUUGCUGUGAUGAAGAUCCAGCCCAAGCACCUGUCCUGCGUCAGCCUCUGCUGUUUCUACAUUGCUGUGAAGGCUUCAGAAGAAGAGAAGAAUGUCCCUCUGGCGUGCGACCUGAUCAGGAUCAGCCAGAACCGCUUCACGGUCUCAGACAUGAUGAGGAUGGAGAAGAUUGUUCUGGAGAAGCUCUUGUGGAAGAUCAGAGCACCCACUGCGCUGCAGUUCCUCAGGCUCUUCCACUGCCAUGUUCUCCAGAUGAUUGAUGCCGACAGUAGGAAGAUGAUUAACUUGGAAAGGCUGGAGGCUCAGCUAAAGGCUUGUCACUGCUCUUUCACGUUCACAAAACUAAGGCCUUCCUUGCUUGGCCUGGCUCUGCUGGCCCUUGAGGUUGAGGAUCAGCAUGGGUGCGAGUCAGCAGAAACCCUCCGGGAGGCCGUGCAGAACCUCCAACGGCUGCUGCCUGUUAAAGACGGAGACUUGCUUUGCGUGAGGGAGCUUGUUGCCAAAUGUGUGACGGAAUAUUCAACCACCAAGAGCUUGAAGCCCAGCAAGCAGCGGCUACGGUGGGUCAUCUCUGGUAGAACUGCUCGCCAGCUGAAGCACAGCUACUACAAGAUCGCCCAUCUGCCGACCAUCCCCGAGUCUGCCUGUUAGAUCUCUGAGGCUGGGGGCUGCCAUUCUGCCCCCAGCCACCAACCCCCCACCCCCUGGUAAAAGAGUAUGUGCAUUUGAAUCAGUGCUGUCGUUGGUGCUGGUUGUUUAAAGCGUUUAAGUAUAGAACCACCUAGGUCCUCAGUCCACCAUGUGGAAGAGGAGGGAGAAGGGUUUUGUGAUUAGAGGACGAACACAAUGGAACCAAGAAAUCGGGCCCAAAACCCUUAACUCCCACCCUAGGUUGCUGAACUGUCCUAAAGCACACUCCUACCCGCGGUGAGAAGUGCUCCUUUUCCUGUGCUGUGACCAUUAGGGUACUGCACUGAGCUGAGGAGAAUAAUGAAUAUUAUGUUGCAGCAUUGACACACUAACUGAGCUUUCUAACAGUGGUUGGAUAGCUGUGAAAUAUUUAUAAACAAGGUCUAGACUGCAAAAAACCCCUUAAGAUAAAACUAAAUGUUGCCAUGUCAAACGUGGUUUUUUUUUUGGUUUUUUUUGGUUUUUUUAACCCAAACCUUUUCUUUAGUGGAAAAAUAUGCCCCCUGUGAACAAUCUGCGCCUUUCAAUGAAACCUUAUUGAAAUGCUAAA